UGAGUCGUUGAGAAUAGGCGUGCUUCUGUAGUGGGCAGGUAGCCUAUACAGUUUGAAAUAAGACAGUUCUACUCCUUCCAUGAUGAGCGAAGCAUACGAUAUUGUAGAGGAAAGCGAGGAGGCGUACGGUGCAGCAGGGGAGCCAUGCUCAAAGAUCUUUCGUGGCCUCUGCUCGAGAUACAAAAUCUCUGCCCGAUGUUUUGAGUGUUUAGUAGAGGACGGUUGGGACGACCCGAGUCAGUUCAAAGAUAUGAGUUCUAGUUGGAAAGAUCAUGCUUUAGCGCUAGCUCCAAAUGGAGGUCAGAAGCGUAACAUCGAGAUGAUGUUGGAAAGGGUUGAUGCUGGGCCACUUGAUGCGGCAGUACCCAAGGUCAAGAGAAUAAAAAUCGCCUCUGUGGACGUAGCACAGCCCCCGCCUGAAGCUGGGAUUGCAUCAGCGGCGAGCAGUGAACCGGACCCGAUUUCAUCGGCUCCAACGACAUCUCAGGUAACCACACACAUUUCACGAAUGUAGCGUCAUAGUUUUCAAAGUUCAAUAGAUAUUCAUAAUAUUUGAUGGACUGCGCAUCAGGGUCCAUAGAUUUAGUCUUGAUUCUGGGGCAGUUUAGGUAGAGGAGAGCCUUGAAUUGUGCAUACAAUAAUAUUAUUAAAUGAUGAGAGUAAUAAUAUUAGCCAUACUUUCCAUCAUCAUAUUGGUAGUGGCAGUUGGGAUAAUAUGCUAGCAUAUACUGAUAAUCAUUGUUAUAUUAAUGUUAAUGGACAGUAAUAAGGCAAA